AUGUUGCCUCGACCUUCAAGCCGAUUCCUAUCCACUCAAAGGGGCCCAGGACGUGCAGUGAAAAAAUUAAUUGCAAUUGGGGAGAAAUGGAAACAGAAGACCACCCGUGGCCCGCCUAAGCAAGGUACUCUGAAUAACAGGUCGAAAUAUAUUCUGUGCCAGUUUCCGUAUCCUUCCGGAGUGCUGCACAUAGGACAUCUUCGGGUUUAUGUCAUUAGCGACUCUUUGAAUAGAUUCUACAAACAAAGAGGGUACAACGUGAUACAUCCGAUGGGGUGGGAUGCUUUUGGAUUACCUGCCGAGAACGCUGCUAUAGAAAGGGGUAUCAACCCGGCCAUAUGGACUAGGGACAAUAUUGCAAAAAUGAAACAACAAAUGGAAAGUAUGCUGGCCAAUUUUGAUUGGGACAGAGAGGUAACUACAUGUGAUCCCGAAUACUAUAAAUUUACCCAAUGGAUUUUCUUGAAACUUUUUGAAAAUGGCUUAGCUUAUCGUAAGGAAGCAGAAAUUAAUUGGGAUCCCGUUGAUAAGACGGUAUUGGCGAACGAACAAGUAGAUGCUCAGGGCCGAUCUUGGAGAUCAGGGGCUAUCGUAGAAAAAAAGCAGUUAAAACAGUGGUUUUUGGGAAUAACGAAAUUUGCUCCUAAAUUGAGAAAGCACUUGAAUCAACUGAAAGACUGGCCUUCCAAUGUGAAACAAAUGCAAAAAAAUUGGAUAGGUGAAUCAAUAGGUGCAGAAUUGGUAUUCAAAGUUGCAGAUUCCAAAUUUGAAAACUUGAUUGUCUUCACAACAAGACCAGAAACUCUAUUUGCAGUACAGUAUGUGGCCCUUGCAUUAGACCAUCCAAUCGUACAAAAAUACAGCGAAGUAAUUCCGGAUUUAAAAGAGUUCCUACAGAAAAGUGACCAGCUACCAAGCGAUACUAAAGAAGGCUUUCGUUUACCUGACAUAAAGGCUGUGAACCCCUUGACCAAAGAGGAACUCCCCAUCUUUGCAGCCCCAUAUGUGAUUAGCAGCUAUGGCACCGCACCUAGUGCAGUAAUGGGUUGUCCAGGCCACGAUAGCCGAGAUUUUGAGUUUUGGCAGCAAAACUGUCCAGGUGAACAUAUCAAGACGUGUAUAGCACCUUUCUUUGACGAUGCUUCCAAAACAUCGGAAAAGGAAAGGCAAAAAAUAAUUGACACUGUACCGUUCACAUCUGCUGACGGGAUCUUAACUAAAGAAAGUGGAGAAUACUCAGGAGUUUUUACUGCAGUGGCAAGAAAGUCGAUAAUGGGAAAAUUACAUAGCAAAGGAUUGUCUAAGAAUAUCAUUAGAUACAGGAUUAGAGAUUGGCUAAUAAGUAGACAAAGAUACUGGGGUACUCCAAUACCCAUCAUUCAUUGCGACAAUUGUGGACCGGUCCCUGUUCCAGAAAGUGAUCUACCCGUCAAACUGCCAGAACUUAAAGGGUUGGAUACAAAGGGGAACCCGCUGUCCACAAUCGACGAAUUUGUAAAUGUUGCUUGCCCUUCAUGCGGGAGCCCCGCCAAAAGAGAAACUGACACCAUGGAUACUUUUAUCGAUAGUUCUUGGUAUUAUUUCAGAUUUUUGGAUCCGAAGAAUACUUCAAAACCGUUUGAUCGUGAAAUUGCAAGUGAACAUAUGCCAGUUGAUAUUUAUAUCGGUGGAGUAGAACAUGCUAUCUUACAUCUACUAUACUCAAGGUUUAUUGCUAAAUUUCUCGGAUCUAUCAAUGCAUGGGACGACCCUACUGGCAUCUUCGAACCAUUCAGAAAACUGGUCACGCAAGGAAUGGUUCAAGGGAAAACCUAUGUUGACCCCGAUUCUGGUAAAUUCUUGACACCCGAUGAAUUAACUUUUGUAAAGGACCCCUCAGAUGGCAACACAACGAUUAUCAAAUCAAAUGGCAAAAUACCAAUGGUUUCUUAUGAAAAAAUGUCAAAAUCUAAACACAAUGGUGCAGACCCAAACGAAUGUAUUUUGAGACAUGGAGCUGAUGCUACAAGGGCCCAUAUCCUUUUCCAAAGUCCAAUCGCAGAUGCUCUGAACUGGGAUGAAUCCAAGAUUGUUGGUAUUGAGCGUUGGUUGCAAAAGGUUCUUUGUUUGACCAAGAAUAUUCUUGGCCUCGAGAAGAAUUUGGCAAUAAGCAAGGACUACAAGACACCGACCGAUUUGAAUGAUGCAGAAGUAAAAUUCCACAACGAUUUCCAACGCUUCUUGAAAUCAAUUACAGAGUCAUUUGAGGUUCAUCUCUCGUUGAAUACUGUAAUAUCUGAUUAUAUGAAACUAACCAAUCUUUUAGAGAGUGCGUUGAAAAAAAGUGAGGUAAGGAAGGAAAUGAUGGUGCAGAAUUUACAAAAGUUGGUAACUAUUAUAUAUCCCGCUGUUCCAUCAAUUUCAGAAGAAGCCGCAGAGUUGAUCAGCUCCCAAAUGGAAUGGAAUCAAUAUCGCUGGCCAGAAGUUGAGCGCACCACUGAGUCCAAAUUCAAGAAAUUUCAAAUUGUGGUAAAUGGCAGAGUCAAAUUCAUGUACACAGCCGACAAAGAUUUUUUAAAAUCAGGUAGGGAUGCCGUUAUUGAAACUUUACUGAAGCUGCCGGAAGGAAGAAUGUAUCUGAUGAAUAAAAAAAUUAAAAAAUUUGUCAUGAAAUACAAUGUGAUCAGUUUCUUAUUCCACAAAUAA